AUGUACGGCUCAACUCGCAACGUAGAUAUGGGAAAGCAGGAGUCUGAGCUUGCGACAAAUAUUCGUAAAGCUACAAGCAUCGAGGAAUCGGCGCCCAAACGCAAACAUGUCCGGAGCUGUAUCGUGUAUACUUGGGACCACAAAUCCUCCCAGUCCUUCUGGGCUGGUAUGAAAGUACAGCCGGUCCUCGCCGACGAAGUCCAGACCUUCAAAGCCCUCAUCACGGUCCAUAAGGUGUUACAAGAAGGCCAUCCCAUCGUUUUGAAGGAGGCCCAAGCGAACGUCAACUGGAUACAAAGCUUGUCCAAGGGUGUGACCGGCUCAGAGGGUCUUAGAGGCUAUGCGCCGCUGAUUGAAGAGUACAUAUACUUCCUACUGGCAAAGCUGGCAUUCCAUCGACAGCAUCCGGAGUUCAAUGGUACAUUUGAAUAUGAGGAGUACAUAAGCCUCAAAUCCAUCAAUGACCCAAACGAGGGGUACGAGACCAUAUCCGACCUUAUGACCCUACAGGACCAGAUCGAUUCUUUUCAAAAGCUCAUCUUUUCGCACUUCCGGAGCGGAGCGAACAAUGAGUGCCGCAUAUCCGCUCUCGUGCCACUGGUCCAGGAGAGCUAUGGCAUUUACAAGUUCAUUACCAGCAUGCUUAGAGCAAUGCACACAACACUGGGCGACGACGAAGCUCUAGCACCACUCAGGGGUCGCUAUGACGCCCAGCAUUACCGCCUUGUCAAGUUUUACUACGAAUGCUCUAAUCUCAGAUACCUCACGAGUCUCAUCACAGUGCCGAAGCUCCCCCAAGAUCCACCGAACCUCCUCUCCGAAGACGAGCAAGCGCCCGCCCUACCAGCGCGACCCGCGAAAGAAGUCGAGGCGCCACCAUCUGCACCUACCUCGACACCUCCGCGGACGGCGUCUGUUGACCCUGAGCCUAUCAACGAGUUCUGGAAGACUCAGCAGAAACGACAGCAGGACGAGUACGCCGAGGAACAGCGAAGGCUGCAGGAGCAAUGGGAGGCUGCUCAGCGUGCGCAACAAGAGCAGCAGAUGCGCGCACAGCAAGAAUUUGAACAGCAACAGCGGCUGCAGGCUGAACAACAGCGGCUAGCUCAGGAACAGCUCAUGCGCGAGCAGUAUCAGCAACAUACGCAAGGGCGCAUGGCGGAGCUGGAGCGGGAGAAUCUCAAUGCGAGAGCCCAGUACGAGCGCGAUCAGCUCAUGCUUUCGCAGUACGAUCAACGGAUGAAGAGCCUUGAAACGGAGCUGCAGCAGCUGAACGCCAAUUUCUCACAGCAGUCCUCCUCUAAAGAUGAUCAGAUACGGGCAUUGCAAGAGCAGCUGAAUACAUGGCGGAGUAAAUAUGAGGCACUCGCGAAGCUCUACUCACAACUACGGCACGAGCAUCUUGAGCUGUUGCAGAAGUUCAAGAACGUGCAGCUCAAGGCAGCUUCUGCGCAAGAGGCUAUCGACAAGCGCGAGAAACUGGAGCGGGAGCUGAAAACAAAGAACCUGGAACUGGCUGACAUGAUUCGCGAGCGAGAUCGAGCGCUUCACGACAGGGACCGGCUGACUGGCAACAACAGGGAAGAGGUCGAGAAGUUGAAGCGUGAGCUGCGACUCGCGCUCGACAGGGCCGAGAAUGCGGAUCGGUCGAAGGGUUCCGAGCUUUCUGCGCUGCUGUCAAGGCACAACAGGGAGAUCGCGGAUCUUGAAGAAGCGCUGCGGAAUAAGACCCGUGCCCUUGAUGAGAUUCAGAUGAAGUAUCGUGAGGGCGACUCAGACCUUGAACGCCAAUUGCGCGAGAAGGAAGAUGAGCUGGAGAUCUUCAAGGCUGGCAUGGAUCAGACAUUGCUGGAGCUGAAUGAGCUGAAGCUGUCCAAUCAAGACAAUGACCAUGCUCUUAACGGCGCAUUCGACGAAGUUAUCCUGGACCAGCUGCGAAAGAUCAAUGACAUUAUCGAUUCGGUGCUACAAAGCGGUGUUCAGCGCGUGGACGACGCGCUAUACGAGCUGGACUCUUCCAUGAUAGCAGGAAAUCAAAGUGCGUCCGGUGCAUAUGUGCUUUCGCAGAUCGAGAAGGCCUCGCAAGCUGCUAUGGAGUUCUCCACAGCCUUCAAUAACUUCAUCGCCGAUGGACCGAACAGCACACAUGCAGAGAUCAUCCGGACGACCAACCAAUUCGCGGGCUCAGUCGCCGAUGUACUCAGCAAUACCAAGGGCCUGACAAGGUUCGCCUCGGACGACAAGAAGGGCGAUCAACUGAUUGGUGCUGCGAGAAAGGCAGCACAGUCGACAGUCGACUUCUUCCGGUCCCUCCAAUCGUUCCGCCUGGACGGCCUAGAAGCGAUGCAAAAGACCGACGUAGUGAUAAACAACAACAACGAAGUGCAAGUAAACCUCCAAAAGCUCUCCAAACUUGCCGACGCCUUCGCGCCGCGGACCAAGAUCACAAACGCUUCCGGCGACUUGGGCGACCUCGUCGACCGCGAGCUGACGAACGCCGCAAACGCCAUCGACGCCGCGACAGAGCGCCUGACGAAGCUGAUGAACAAGCCGCGAGACCAGUACUCAACCUACGAGCUCAAGAUCCACGACUCGAUCCUCGAGGCCGCGAUCGCCGUCACGAACGCCAUCGCGCAGCUCAUCAAGGCCGCCACCGCCUCGCAGCAAGAGAUAGUCCGCGAGGGCCGCGGCACCACCUCGCGCACCGCCUUCUACAAGAAGCACAACCGAUGGACCGAGGGUCUCGUCAGCGCGGCCAAAGCCGUCGCCCGCUCCACAAACACGCUCAUCGAGACGGCGGACGGGGUUAUCAGCGGGCGGAACUCGCCUGAGCAGCUGAUUGUAGCGAGCAACGAUGUUGCGGCAUCCACGGCGCAGUUGGUAGCGGCCAGCAGGGUCAAGGCGAGCUACAUGAGCAAGACGCAGGAGAGGCUGGAGGGGGCGAGUAAGGCUGUCACGAACGCGUGUAGGAGUUUGGUCAGGCAGGUCCAGGAUAUUAUCGCGCAGAGGAAUCGGGACGAGAAUGAGGCGGUGGACUACAGCAAGUUGAGUGGGCAUGAGUUUAAGGUUAGGGAGAUGGAGCAGCAGGUCGAGAUUCUGCAGCUAGAAAACAACCUUGCGCAAGCAAGACAGCGGCUGGGGGAAAUGCGGAAGAUUUCUUACCAGGAGGAGUGA